AUAGAUUUUCACCUUUCCCAAACUACUCAGCAAGGAGCUUCGACUCAGCCUUUGUUGACUUCGGGUUUGACUUUGAGGUAGAGCGCGGGUGUAAUUUUAUUGAAUGUUCUUCUCUCCAUUGCAUGCUCCUGGGAGCAAGACAGCUUUCAGUCAGUGACAGCUGAGUCCACUUCUUCGAAGCUCAAGUGCUGGCAGUGUGUGUUUGCAUGGUCUGCGGAAGAAGGAGUAUAGUGGUUUGAGAACAUCGACCGAGGACUGAAUGUCGUACUUGGUUCUCGUCCACCAUGAGCCUUCGCAAGCGAGCCUCAUCAACGGCCACUGCUUCAGUGAGCGGCAGUGAGAUUCUCGAGGAUCAUGAGAUAAAGUAUGGUCAGCUACUCAAGCGACAUCGCCACAAGAACACGUGGAUAUCACGUAAUGUUGUCCUGGACAUCACUUCAGGAACCCUCUCUUACUACAAACCCAAGACACAUAUUGGGCGUGUAAAAAGCAAGAUCUCACGGUCAAUUAGUCGCAGCAGUAGCAUCGGUAGCGUGCAGAGAGUCCCGUCUGAUGGCGACGUCAAAUCGGAUGGCGAGAGCGAAAUGAAGCGUCAGCUGCCCGUCUGCAACUUGCACGUGUGUAUUCUGGAUACGGAGGAUCACACGGAGUGCGAGGCCAUCGGUCAAGGACGUAUCCUAACGGUCAGCUACUGCGAAGCGACCUCCGGCACCACGAGCGGUAACAACGUCUCGACGAGAUCUAUCUUCUUCAAAUCGGAAAAGGAGGCAGGUUCCGAGGAGGCCGAUGAGGAAAUUGAAGAAUGGCUAACAGCAAUUCUCAAGGUGAAAGAGUCCGGUGAAGGCCAGGAAGACGCUAAGACUGAGCUGAGUACUUCCAAACAUGAUUGCCUGCUGAGUGCUGAUGAUGCUCUAGCGGAAGACAGGGAGGAGAAGAUCAGGUUCGACCCAGUGCAUUGCGGUUGGAUCUACAAGAAGGGAUCACAGUUAAGUUCUAAAUGGCAGAAGAGAUGGCUGUUCUUGGACUGCAGUACGUUACAGUUGCGCUACUACAAGUCUCCAAUGGACGCACUACCGCAAGGUGAAAUAGCACUUGAUAAGUGCAUGCAGGUGAAGAAAGGCAUGCCCGACCUGUUUCCAGAGAUCAAUCCUCCAAACACGUUCACGGUGGUAUGCAAGGAGCGUAGCUACUGGAUUCGCACCGACUCGCCCGACGCCACGCAGGAGUGGAUUGAUCUUCUUGAGGUAUGCAUAGUCGCAGCUGGCAACGCCCCGCCGUCAGUCCGCUCUAAAUCGUUCUCGAUGCGAGCUCGGUCGGCCACCACGUCGACUCCUAAGCCUAGAAGACUGACUAUGUGUACUGUGAAACGGUAACUGCACUUGGAGAGUGAUGUGAUUACUCAUCACAGAUCAAUCGAUGGUGCUGGAAAGAGAAAGCAAGAGGGUUUCAUCCACGCGGUAUCCGCGCAGAGCAGACAAUCAGCGAAUGUGUGUGUGCGUGCGUGCAGGUGUGUGUGUGUGUGCGUGCGUGCAGGUGUGUGUGUGUGUGCGUGUGUCGCCGUGAGCUGUACCGAGAACCGUCUCACGCUGCCGUUAUCAUUUCAUAUUGCUCUGCCGACACUGGUCGCGAUGAACCUGAGAGUAGUCUGUUGACAGUGAAGCGCAGCGGCAGCAAGUCGCUAUCCAUGGCUCACACUCAUCAUUCCCGAACCCCGGCGUGUCAGCAGACAGUGGACUGCAACCCAGCUACAGGUUAGCCUGUGUGAGACUGCUGAAGCUAGCUUGUGUGAGUGUGCGUGUGUGUGUGUGUUUCCAUUACGGACAAGUGUUUGUCCAUGCCCGGACGCAACCCAGGGAUAGCUGAUAUGCGGACACGUGCACACAUGUUUGUGUAUGAGUGCAUGGACUACACACCUGACAUUCAGUCGCCAGUAUCUACCUCUCUCUGCGACUGUAAUACCGUCCGGGCCAGCACAGGGGAGCCAUAGCUGUGUUGGUCGAGUUAGAAAAUGAUUCACGGCAGUAAAACCUUACGCUGGCACUCCUUACGAGCACCAUUUCCCGAAGCCUCGCAGCUCCACAGACAGCGGCCGCUGACAUGGACUUUGACUGGCUUCGCCACACGCUGGCCAAUUGCAAUGCGAUUUGGACACCCUGCUUCCGUGCAAGACCCAGUUCCUCCAUGCUGCUGUACGGCUUCUCCCCCCCCCC